AUGCGCUCCGCGGAGACUGCGUGCUUUUCACACAUGAUGGUAUUUUUGCUCUCAGCUUCCAGCCACGCGUUCGGAACCAGCGCAGCGCGUUCCUUUCACCCGCGCGUGGGAUUUUCUGUGCCUUUGAGAGGUUCUUUCAACUUCAGCUCUUUCUCAGGCUCUUCGCCGUUUCCUCGCCUCUUUGCCGCCUCUUCAACCUUUCUUUUUCCUCGUGUCUCGCGGCCCUUGUCCUCUUCCCCGCCCUGCUCUUCUCUGGCCCCCCACUCGUCGCUGCUUUUCUGCAGCGCGUGCGCUGGGAGUUCGUCACGCGUUUCCGUCUGCGGUUCUGGAGGUUCCCCCCUUUCUUUUCGCUUUUUCACCACAAAUCACCCUUCCUCUUUCCCCUCGACUCGACAGGCGUGUAUCCCUGCCGCGACUCACGCCGGAGUUUCGUCGGUCGGCGCUCCUCUCCAGUCGACGGCCUCAUGUCGCGUGGCGGCCUGCUCUGUUCCCCGGCCGUUUUUCUCUUCGAUUUCGUCGACUUCCUCCCGAUCUGGCCGACCUUUUGAAAGUCCAACACUUCUCUCGAGCAUCUACGGAGCGUCUGGCGAAGCUCGUCUCUUUUCUGGCCGUCCAACAACGCCCAACUGCGAACCCGCGGAUGCCACCCACCCAUCGAAACAGAAACUCGCAAAUUCGCCGUGCGUCGUGUGGUCGAGCAAAUCGCUUCUCAGUCCGGUUUCGACGCGACAACGAACGCUCCUGCCGCGGCAACCUCCCGUUCUGCCCGCUCCGCCACGUUUCCCUCGCUUUGCUUGCCCAGAGCGCGCGAACCAGCUCUGCAACCCGGAGAUCUUCCAGUUUCUGCCGCGUCUCUGCCGAAGAAUACCGCCCGGUCGAGCUGUCCUUUCCGUCGCGUUGCCUCUGUGCAGAGCCCCGCCACAAGUCCGAAAAAACCUCCCGCUGUCGUCUGCGUCGUCGUCAACCUCGACCGUCUGCCUCCGUGUCAGCUAGGUUCAGCUUCGGCAGAGGACUCCGAGGACGUUUGUCUCUGCCACGACUCUGACGCUUUCGCGCUUCUUCGAACAAAAGACAGUUCUCGGCUACGAGAGUCGCUG